AUGGCUCUGCUUACUCUGGCACUACCUGCUGCGAUGAUACAAUGCUACCCACAUGGCAUGGGACGACGCUUUUUACUAGCAUGCCCACACGGCCCCUAUUCAAUCUCUGGCAAGGAGGAUUCUGCCGUGCUAAUUGUCAGUGGAGAGAGCUUGAGCACUAGAGGAGGCGAAUGUGCCCUGUGCCAGCACAUGAUUACAGUGAGGUCCCGAGCGCAGCGGAAGGAGACCAAGACAAGGAACCACGGGAUGUUGAGCAAGGUUGUUUUCUACUCUACGUGGUCUCCGGUUGUCAGACAGCGAGACCCACUAAGCGUAGUGGAAAUACAGUGGAUAGCUCUAAUGUAA